GCGAUAUUUAGAAGGCAUAGAAAUAUUUUAUAUCAGUGUGCGAAAGUCUGUCUCAAUUAAAGUUAAGAUGUCUGCAAUCGUGAGUGGCGUAUUAAAUUCCACCAUCGGUUUGUUGUGCAGUAAACUACAAGAUUACACUGCAGAGAAACUGGACGAAGGCGACGUAAACAAUCAACAAUGCAAACAGAUCAUUGUUCGAGAACUCGAUGAUAUUAAAUCGAAGCUCGACGGGUUGUCCAGAAAGGACCUACGUGCCAGCCUCUGCUUUUUCAAAGAAGGUGUUACUAGAUUGUAUGCUUCUCUAGAAAUAUCUGGUGAAUCUCGUGAUGGCUCCAGCACCUCACAAGCAUGCGUAGAAGAUCAAUCUGAAGUCGAGGGUGUCACGCAAGCUGAACGCGAUGCCAUUCAAAGGGUUUCUGAACUUUCUGAUCUCAUUGGGAACCUAAAAAUCGCAUCACAGGAUCGCUACAAAUCAGCCAAGGAGUCUUUAAAGGAAGCGAAAAGACUAGCAACCAAAGCAUUUAACAACAUAGCGCUGAGUAGUGAAGAUAGAUUAAUGGCAAGCAAACUUCGUAUUGCCAGCAGAAUCCUCGAAUGCCUAGACGAUCCAGAAGCAGCCGUUCAAGAUUGCUUACUCUACCUGAAAGAGCUGCAGGAUUUACCAGCAGUGCAAGCGAUGUUUUCUGUAUGGCUAGAUUCUAAUAAAGGGAUUACAUCCCGCUUACGAGCUCGCUUCAACCAAAGGAAAAGGAAUGUCAUCGUAAAUUCUAUACAAAUGAUCAACGCCUUAUUGAUAGAUCUGGCUAUGAAAUUUACAAACAUAAGCAUGGGUUGUUUAAACUGGCCUACGAUAAAGAUUGGUAAAGAACGUUAUCACCCAGUUUUGCACAACAACACAGUUUUGCACAACGCAGUUUUACAGCAAAACGACAAGCAAUUUCCUUGGAUCCGGAAGCUUCCGUUGCGUAUUGAUGACGACUGUUUCGCACUCACUGGUAAAGGAGAAAUGCUAUCAAAAUCUCAAGACGGUCUUAAGCUCACAAGAAGAAACGGUGAAUGCGAGUUGUUUUGUACCAUUCCCUCAGAAAAUGAUGGAGAUAUCCUGAACAAAAUACGCUGUCUUGCUGUCGAUGAACAUGAUAACGUACACACCGUCAUUGAAAUCCCGUCCUGCUACGAAAAUGUUCCAACGAAAUACAAAUUAUUAACCUUUGAUGCGAAUGGGAACAUAAAUGCGGACAGAUCACUUGAUAUUAUCGAAGAAAGCAAAUAUUCGCUAGGAAUGAGUGUGACGAAAGAAGGUAUGAUUGUUAUCUACUGUGAUGAUAGCACAACCAUAUACAUCUGCGACAGCACGAACGCCAAGACGGACUACGAAUUUCCACUGCCCUGGAAAAAUGUAAAUCUCGAUGACAUAAACGAAUUUAGCUUUACUGUUUCUAAUAAAAAUGAAAUCAUUUGCACUUUUUUCAAAGAUAAAAACCUAAACUGUUUUUACAUGUACAUCAUUACAAUGGAUGGUAAGCUGAAACGUGCAGUGCAAGUACCUGCCAAACAUUCAGAACAUAGCAAAAUGAGUGUCGUCUUUAAUCACGUCAACGAAACUAUUCUUGUCAGUUUGGACAAAGAUUACGAUGACAGUGAUGACAAUGAUAGUGAUGAUGACAACGAUCGUUCUACUAAAAUUGAUUUUCGUAAACAGUACCAUACUACUAUCUACAGUUUCUCAAACACUGGUGAACUGCUCCAUCAGUUUAAUAUUCUGAAUUGGUGUCCACGGCUAAUAUCACAUCCAAAUGGACCUAUCGCUCUGGUUGACCACAUUGGCAAUAAAGUAUUUAUGGUCCAAAUGUAAUAAUACACUGUUGGUACGUUUUGGCCUUAGUUAACUACAUAUGUUCAUAUAUAAUGUAGCUAGUGUUCGUGUACAAAACUCCGAAUAUGAACAUUUUAUUUAAUUCUAGUUUUCGACUAUGUUUUAUUCACCUGCACGAGGUUACAUUUCAAGCACUUCAGCUAUACUUUAAUCUUCAGCAAUAAAUAGCAUUGAAAUAUAGUCCUCGUGAUGUCUUGAGCAUAGAAUGAUCAUAUUUGGAGUUACCAUUGUUUUGUAUCUUGUAAAAUAACUCGGUGGUUCAGUAAUGCUUUGUUAUACCAUGACUUUAUAGCAUGUAGAACUUUAUCUAUAUUGCAAAAUUUGAUUGAACUACUUUUUAUAAUAUUUUACAUUUGAAACAGUAAAUAAGCUGUAGUCUUAGUAUGGGCAAACUAGUGGAACACUAUUGCCAGAAAAAAUGUAGACUGUAAUUACACUUGUAAAUAUUAAAUAGAAAUGACUGUGUGGUAUGUGUGUACCUUUGUGGAGGGGGUAAGGGAGGGGGGAGGGGGUGUUGUGCAACUCCCACCUCUUGCUAAAAUUGUCGGUAAAAUUGGAAAAUGGAAGACUGAUCGGUAAGGGAGUCAGUAAAAUGUUUAUACAGCAUCUUUAUCAAGUACUUAUGCUGCUGUUUCAGUUGAAUUUACAAAUAUUUUACAAUAAAGAAUUUUAGUCAAAAAGAAUUUUAGUCAGCUAAAUGUCUGUUCGGUAAACGUAACAAGCUCACUGUAUUUGCAAUAUUGAUAUUUCAAUUCUACAUUGUACUUGCUCCAGAUCCAGUAAGGGCAGCUACUUAUUGAUUCAGUGUUACCACAGGAGGAAACCUAAAGUUAAACUAACUUUAUUUGCACUAAAUAUCUUUAUCAGUUCUAAAAUAUUCUCCAUAUAGUUCUUCCAAUAAGGAGAAUAAUGGCUUGCAAGAAGGUUUCCACAACAAUAUCCUACUCACCAUGCAGGGUUUUGAUACAUUCAAUUCCUUUAAAAUCCCAUAAUCUAAUAGUUAAAUCUGCAGAACAUGACGCGAGAAAAUUUCCUGUGUGAUCAAAUGCUAGAUCUUGUACUGCAUCCGUAUGCCCUUUUAAAGUUCUCUCAAAGUCACCAGUUUCAUAGUCCCAUACUUUUAUUGUGGCAUCCUCUGAUGAUGAUACCAUUACACUACAGAAAGAAGAUGGUUAUUUGGUGGUUAUUUUAUGGUGAAAAUCAUGGUGAAAAUCUUGGUAGUAAUGGUAGUUGUGAUAGUAUAUUUAAUGGUGAUGGUGAUAAAAUAUUGAUGGUGAUAAUUACGAUGGUGGUUGCGACAGUGAGAAUUGAUAAUUGCGAUGAUGGUUGUGAUAGUCAUAGUGAUGGUGAGAGUGAUGGUUGUGAUAGUGAAGGUGGUGAUGAUGGUUGUGAUAGUCAUAGUGAUGGUGAUAGUGAUGGUGGUGAUGAUGGUUGUGAUAGUCAUAGUGAUGGUGAGAGUGAUGGUUGUGAUAGUGAUGGUGGUGAUGAUGGUUGUGAUAGUCAUAGUGAUGGUGAGAGUGAUGGUUGUGAUAGUGAUGGUGGUGGUUGUGAUAGUGGUGAUGGUGAGAGUGAUGGUUGUGAUAGUGAUGGUGGUGAUGAUGGUUGUGAUAGUCAUAGUGAUGGUGAGAGUGAUGGUUGUGAUAGUGAAGGUGGUGAUGAUGGUUGUGAUAGUCAUAGUGAUGGUGAGAGUGAUGGUUGUGAUAGUGAUGGUGGUGGUUGUGAUAGUCAUAGUGAUGGUGAGAGUGAUGGUUGUGAUAGUGAAGGUGGUGAUGAUGGUUGUGAUAGUCAUAGUGAUGGUGAGAAUGAUGGUUGUGACAGGCGAAAAUGGUGAUGAUGGUUGUGAUAGUGGUGAUGAUGGUGGUGAUGAUGGUUGCGAAUGUGAUGAUGGUUGCGAUGAUGGUUGUGAUAGUGAUAGUAAUAAUGAUGGUGAUCAUGAUGGUUGUGAUGUCCGUGAAAGUGAUGAUGGUUAUAGCAGUAUGGUGGUGAUGGACCUACGGUUGUGGUGA